CGACUUCGUCAUCGUACUAUAAUAUUAUGGUGACAUUAAAGUCAGGCACCAGCGCCCAAGAACCAAUGUCUGGUACGGACGCGUAUUCUGGGUCACCAGAGCUAUUCUUUGCAGAAUGCGACGGUGGCUCGGAAUCCAAUCAGGCAAUGAUUUGUUCCGCCUUCAAAAARGYCAGCAGGGAGAGUCCCUCCAUGGUCACCAUCGAGAGCGUCGCCAGAACGAAUCCGAGAGCGUGGCCGCCGUAUCCCCCCGAGUACCCCUUCUGGUGAAGGAUGCGCCCCAGCGAGAACACGACGACGACRCCAAGGACCUGCCUGGGAAAGACGUACCCGACGGGCCCGAUCGAGGCCARAAAGGCGCCAAAGUUUUCGACCAUGUGCUGGAUGGACCGGUUGGMGCGGUUGUACAUCCCCUUGCUUCCUUCCUCCUGGUAGUAGACCGGUGUUUUCUUGCCGUCGUGCGUCUCGUAAAAGAAGGGGUUGCUCCGGAUGUUCCCCUUGAGGCCGCUCUUGUARCYGGUGGGGACGAAAUUGAGCAGCUGGAUCGAUCGGCCCAGGACGACSAGGGCCAGGAAGACCCACUGGAGGUCCUGUUCCUUCAGGCCCGCAAUCUUGRCGUCGCGGAGUUCCUUGGAUCCGUCGAAUGCGGUGGCGGCAUAGGCGAUYCCGGUGCCGAUCGCCAGMAUGACGGUGACCRCAAUGGAGAUCUUUGCGUAGUCGGGUGGCUUUGGCGUUCCCCCCUCGGUGGAAGGAACGGCGUCGGCCUUGGUUUCUUUGGUGAGUGGGGUUGUUUCGCUCAUGGUUGUGGUGCUGUGGGAUGGACUGCAAGAGUUUCUUUUCUCGAUCACUUGUGUUGCUGGAGUUGUUUUGCUUUGUUUUGUUUUGUUUUGUGACAGGACUCUGUCGCAGGCGGUGAGCUCACGACACGGAGAUUCGUCGAGACGGUUCGUGCUACUGUAAGAUCGGAAAAAUCUCCUGCCGAUCCCGAUCGUCUGACUGCGAAUACUAGUACUCGUACUUGGGGUACCCUACCAACGGUACGCACUUUCAUGUACUAGAGCUACCGAUUCAUUUCUGUACUGAAUUUUAUACGUACAAGUGAACCGCAAUCCUCAGUCGUGAACGAGGAAAACGACAAAAGAACUUCACCGAGGCGCGGUGAAAAAGGCUCCAUUCUCGGGAUUUAGCCUCACAACAACAUGAUCGUACAAUACGGUACUUGUACCUAUUGUACCUACAGUACGUACUUCGAAGUAUGAAAUUCUACUUGAAUGAAAGUACUCUUACUCUUACGAGUACGUACCGGUACGGACCGGUAUCUAGUAGCUAGCACUUGUACUAGUAAUAUGACAACGUAUGGCACAGUACACGUGCGCACCUUACUAAAAUCAAUCAAGAUCAAAUCAAGAUUAAAUCAUCGUCUUGCACCAUGCAUCGUCCGUUUUGAUCGAUCGAGUCGAAUGAAUCAAUCAUCGAAUGACAUUCAUCGAAAUCGGGUCGAAACCAAAAGUCAAUCAGAAACUGAACAAAACAAAAACAGUUGCAUCGACCAUUUCACAUCGAUCGCAUCGAACCCGAUCUUUCCUUCGUUGGUCGCAAGAAGUGAUCCCAGCCCACAAAUACCCAGCCGACCAGGUAUACCUACACGCAGAAGUACCACCACUACAACAGCACUGCCACCACCACCACCACCAUCACCACCACAACAGCAACAACGACCAACACACCAUGGGAGUCCCGAAAUUCUUCCGGUGGCUGUCCGAGCGGUAUCCCAAGAUCAACCAGCGGUACGGGAGCCUCCCCGAUCCGGACACCGCCCGGGAUCACUUUCCGGAGCGAUCCUCGCCUCCCCCGACGCCCUUUGAGGAACCCGAUCCGAUGGCCACCUGCGGCCUGGGGGCACCGCCCAUCGACCGCCUCUACCUGGACAUGAACGGGAUCAUCCACGGAUGCUCGCACAACAACGACGAGGACGAGAACAAGAACGUCGCCGGCAGCRGCAGCGACAAGGACACGGACGCCUCCGUGGAGGCGGGGUCCCGCAACAAGGCCGGCGGGAUUUCCAGGGAGGAGAUCUUUCGGAACGUUUGCUACUACCUCGAUCGGGUCGUCGGCGACAUGGUCCAGCCGCAACAAAUGGUCUACAUGGCCAUCGACGGGGUGGCGCCGAGGGCGAAGAUGAACCAGCAGCGGAGCCGUCGGUACCGGAGCGGUGGAGAGGGAGAGAUCGAGACCACCAUCUACGAGGCCCACCGAGCGGCGCAGGACGAGAAGGAGCGGCUGCGGAGGAUGGAGGAAGAGGGCUUUGACGACGAGGAACGCGAGAAAGAGCAGGAGCUGUACGACGCAUCGUAUUCUUUCGUGCUGGACCACAACGAGGGCAAUACCAUUCCUUCGUCCUACGGCAACAACCGAGAGGACGAGGAGAACAUCAUGCAGAAGAAAACGAAAAGGGACGCCAAGAAUCCGAUCGCUGCCGGCGGAGAAAACGAUGCGYACGGAAACAGCWGCAGCAGCAGCAGCACAACCUCGUCGGGUGGUGAUCUACAGGAGGUGACGCGGGGACGGUUCAAGGGAAAGUUCGAAUCGUCCUCRUCGUCSAUCACGAGCCAGGAGGUCGUUCCURCCGCGGCAACGAAUGSCUUUCACUCGAACGAGAUCACCCCYGGAACGCCCUUCUUUUCGGAAUUCACAAARCACCUGGAGCACUUUGUCAAGCGGAAGCUGUCCACGGACCCAAAGUGGAAAAACCUGACCAUCAUCUUUAGCGGGCCAAACGUCCCGGGAGAGGGAGAACACAAAAUCAUGCAGUUUUUGCGCGAGCAACGGGAACUCCCGGACUACGAUCCCAAUCUGCGGCACUGCAUCAUGGGGCAGGACGGGGAUCUGAUCAUGCUGGGGCUUCURACUCACGAACCCAACAUGGUCUUGCUCCGGGAGAAGGUCGUCUUCAACAUGUCGAGCGCCCGGCUGGAAAAGGCGCACGCCGCGGAAGCGGCGUCGAGCGACAAGGAAUCGACGCCGCUGUCCUCCUCGCUGGACAGCUACAUCUACAAUCCCCACUUUGAGUUUUUGCACCUGCAGGUGCUGAGGGACUACCUGGCCUACGAGUUCGAGACCUCAAACGUCUUGAGCUCGUCGCCGUGGGAUCUGGAACGAACGAUCGAUGAUUUUGUCUUUUUGACCUUUUUGAUCGGCAACGAUUUCCUCCCCCAUCUCCCGGCACUGGACAUUGCGGACCAGGCCUUUGACUUGCUGUAUUAUACGUACAAGAAAUGYCGAAAGGGAUGGCUGGAGGAUUACCAGCGGGGCGAACGUGCMGCGCCGGAGCCCUAUCUAACCCACGCCGGGAACAUCGUUUCCGGCCGGCGGCUGGAGGAYUUUUUGACCGCGGUGGGAAGCCACGAGGUGACGUACUACGAAAAGAAGAAGCAAACGGCCGAAGCCGAGAACCGACGCCUCCGGAAACAGUACAAGCGGCUGAACAUGAAGGACGCCCUCCCCGACGACUCCAUCGUGGCGUCCAAGGAAGAAUUCGACCGUGCCGCGUACCGCGAAAUGCUGCARCGAAUGGAACAGCAGGACGGCARUCCCUCCUCGAUCCCGGGCAGCGGCACUUCCGACAAUAGCAGCGGCCRACACGGCGGGCAAAGCAGCGAUGAAACGACGACGGAAGAAGGCAGCGGUUUCGUGCCGGUAACCACCCAAAAAGUGGAGUUCCAGCCCGUGGAGGACCAACUCGAGGAGGGSCUGAUCCACAGAAUGGGAACMCUGCUGCAAAACUCUCUGAGUAAUACUGCUUCGAAUGGCAGCUCCGCCGAGGGAGACGACGACACCAAGUUCCUCCUGGCCGACAUUGACGACCAAGACCUAAAGGGUCGCUACUAUUACGACAAGUUCCAAUUYACGCCAUUCGAUGCCGACAAGCACCUUGCUCUCCGCAAGGCAUACAUGGAGGGCUUGGUAUGGAACCUCAAAUAUUAUUACGAAGGCUGUGUGUCCUGGGAUUGGUUCUAUCCGUACCACUACGGUCCCAUGCUGAGCGAUUUGGUGAACCUAGACGAAAUACUGAACGAUAUAUCGUUCGACGACAAUCUCGGUGCACCCCUCAAGCCAUUCSAUCAGUUGAUGGGGUGCAUGCCCCCGAGCCAGGCCCACCACCUGCCCGAAAUCUAUCGAGGGUUGAUGACCGAUCCCGACUCCCCGAUCAUUGACUUUUAUCCGAAUUCCUUUGUCGUGGACAUGAACGGAAAGCGAUGGCCGUGGGAAGCUGUAACAUUGCUGCCCUUUAUCGAUUCCAAACGACUCAUUGAGGCUACGUCCGGCAUCGAUCAGACCAAAUUGUCCGAGGAAGAGCUGGAACGGAAUACGAUGGGAACCACCGUUGUCAUGGUGCACGAUCCGAGCCACGCAGAAGCCAUUCCAAGCGUUGGCRAGASCAAGAUGUUUCGGGAGAUCGAAUCGUGCUCUGCGGUUACCGUUGCGUACGAGGACACCGAYCUGAACUAUACCCUAAAGAAACCCCCUGUGUUCAAGCCCGAAAUCAAGGCGGGGACCAGGAUUCCGUUGCCCGGCUUUUCGACGCUGCGCGAUGCUCCUGUAGAGACACUUYAUCGCAGGCGGCUCGGAAUCAACGUUCACGGCGGGAAAAGCAGGUACAAAACGGCCAGCCUCGAGGUUUCCAGUGCGAUGCCCCCGCUCCCGCCAGUCGAAACACUGGCUCCCAAACUCAUCGGUACUACCGUCUUUAUCAAUUACCCGUUCUUUGUGGAGGCUCUGGUCACCGCGGUCUCGGACGAAAGGGUUACCGUCCGCGGCAACAAAGAACCCAAAAAAUGGACGCCGGAGGAGGCGAAUCGAUGGAGGCUUCAACGGGACGGAGUCAUCCGGCGAGCCGAAGUCGGAGAAGGAUAUUGUGGCACGGGAGGGCUGAUUGUCCCCGAAGACCAACCAAUCACUUUGUCCGUCAGGCCCUUCCAGGGCUUUAUCACUACCAAGAGUGGUCAAAAGGCGAAGUCGUUUGCCGUCUUCGAGCUCGAAAUUCCUUUGAUUUCAACCUUCUGGGCUCCGUCGCAACCAGACCCCAGGCUAACGGGAGUGCCUUCCCGCCUAGAAAAGAAUGCAUACGAAAUUGCAAUGUCAAAGAAUGUCAAUGAUCCUUUGUUGGGUGGACGAUCAAAAGCAACGAAUAAGAAAGGAAAAYCACGAGCGGCAGGCAACCGGCGCAGGCUCUUUCCCGAAAAACCGCACAGGUCGAAAAAAGAYACUUCYCUGAAUAAUGGAAUUGGGAACAGAGAGACUUCGAAGAUAUCGGCAGCGAAUUAUUCUAGUUAUCACUCUGGUUCGAUCAGGGGAAGCAAAACGAACAAGAGGAKCUUGUCGACGAUGACAUUCGGKUUUAGGAAUGAAUUUCAAUCUCAAAGCAYKYCAUUUUCAUUGCAUACGACUUCGUCGCUUUUGGGGACUUUGGAAUCCAUGAAACAACCGACAUCAAACAKGAACUCUAUGCCAUUSUCACAAUUCACAGCAAGAUCAACGCUUCGCGAAASAACUCUGGGUUCUCUUUCAAACAAACCUCWAAAAGAUUGYACGAGAAAAAUUCAUGCCGCUACGUACUCAAAAUAUGGYACCAAAAGCACCGGCUACCGUGGGCGUCUGUUUGCUGCAGGUCUUACUGCCGCUKCAUUUUUCUUUAAUCCGGUCAAUGCUGCAAAAGAAAGCACAUCGUCAUACCUGUCGUUCUACAAAAGGYACCAAAUAUCCGCAUGGGAUUACCAGAACAAACACAUCAAAACUCGAGAGUUUUUAGAACCUUGGUCACUUCCUCGUGGUGGCGACUACGAACCGAGCUCGUCMGYCYUGCCACCGCAAAGUCCUGCGCCCCCAUUGGAAUUUGCCCACGGAACCACAACUCUUUCGUUUGCAUUCCAGGGUGGGAUCAUCGCCGCGGUGGAUUCCCGCGCCAGCAUGGGCCAAUUUGUUGGAAGCAAGACCACACAAAAAGUCUUGCCGGUCAGUUCCCACAUCCUUGGCACGAUGGCGGGGGGAGCUGCCGAUUGCCAGCACUGGAUCCGGAAACUCAAGUCCGAGGCCCUCCUGCACGAGCUGACCGAAAGUGGCCGCCGUAUGAGCGUGGCGCRUGCCUCGCGGAUCCUGGCGGACUACCUCUAUUCGCUGCGGGGAUACGAUCUGUCCGUGGGAACUAUGAUCAUGGGAUACGACGACUACGGGAUCGAGAGCGACACGGGCAAGACCGACGGCGGCGCGUCCAAUCCAUACAUUUACUAUGUCGACAACACCGGGUUGCGCAUCCAGGGUGACAUGUUUGCCGUGGGAUCRGGGAGCACCUUUGCGCUGGGGAUUCUUGAUUCGGAAGCWAACCGAUACAACCUGAGCGUCGACGAAGCUAUUUCUCUAGGCAUCAGGGCCAUUCGACACGCYACAUUUCGAGAUGCGUAUAGCGGGGGAUAUAUCAACGUAUACCUGAUUACACCGAAGGACGGCUGGAAAAGAGUCUAYACAGAGGACAUUGCCCGUACACCGGAAGUUUGGAACGCGCUAAAARAAGACCGAUCGGACGACGAGAAAUGAAACCUAUCAUAACACAACAUAAAAAACAACGAGACUAUUAAAAUUACGAUUGUUUU